UCCCCAUUUUUAGAUAAUAAGAUAAUGCGUGUUGGAGAGCGCUUAGAUGCCACAGAUUUUUACUCUUUUGAUAAAAAACACCCCAUUUUACUUCAUGCAUCGCAUAGACUAACAAGGCUUUACUUCGAAAGAGAACAUCUCGUCAAUAUGCACGCUGGUCCUCUUUUGUUAUUUUCAACUGUAAGAGAAACUGUUUGGCCAGUUAACGGACGUCACCUCGCAUGGCGUGUUGUAAAUAAUUGUGCUAGGUGUAGACGCCUACGAGGUAAAACCCUCCAACCUAAAAUGGGUAACUUACCACCCCAACGUAUUACCCCCGACUAUCCUUUCUUGUCAGUCGGGCUAGACUUUGCUGGUCCUUUUACUAUCAUUAAUCGCAAGGGCCGUGGAAGUCGUUUGAUUAAAUGUUACUUGUGCUUGUUUGUCUGUCUACGUUACAAGUGCAUCCAUCUCGAAGCCGUUAGUGAUUUAACUAAGGAUGCAUUCAUUAUGACUCUUCGACGCUUUAUAGCGCGCCGAGGCAGACCCACUGAAAUUUUUAGUGAUAAUGGGACUAAUUUUGUAGCUGCCGCAAAGGAAUUAGGGUCAUUUAUCAAACAAAACCAAGAACCUCUAUUUGAUUUUGCAAGCCAAAACCUUAUAAAGUUUAAAUUCAUUCCGGCUUACACUCCUCAUUUUGGUGGACUAUGGGAAGCCGGCGUUAAAUCGGCUAAACAUCAUAUAAAGCGCGUUAUCGGUAAUAGCCACCUCACCUUUGAGGAAAUUUCUACUUUAUUUACACAAGUGGAAUCUAUUUUAAAUAGUCGUCCAUUAUGUCCGUUGUCGUCGUGUCCCAAUGACCUUCUUUCCCUAUCCCCUGGACACUUUCUUAUCGGAAGGCCGCUAACUGCUCCACCAGCGCAAUACUUGGGCGACUCUAAGGAAAACUAUCUUCAACGCUAUGAACGCCUGGAAAAAAUACAGCAGCAUUUCUGGCAGCGAUGGCAGCGCGACUACAUAUCAGAAAUGCAGCAAAGAACUAAAUGGAAGAGCAACGCUGCCAAGCUGAGCGUCGGGGAUAUGGUGCUCCUGUCAGAAGAUAACGCUCCCCCUCUGUCAUGGAAGCUCGGUCGUGUUCUACGCCUCAUCACGGGAUCCGAUGGAAUAGCCAGAGUGGCAGACGUCACCACAAACAGAGGCUGUGUGCGCCGCUCUCUCGUACGUCUGUGUAAGCUUCCGACAGCCGAAGAGCUUCGAGGUUGAAAAGCGAGUUUUCAACGGCCGGGAGUAUGUACAGGCUUUGAAAGCCUAUAUUAAAAAUAGAGUGUUAAGUGUGUGUCGUGAACUUUGCGUAAACCAAUCGGCAGGCGUUUAUAGUACAUCGAACAAUUUUAAUUGUCAUCGCUCACUUCAAAUACGAGCUCUGUACAAGUAACACCUUUUUUUAUUAAAUUAAUUUUGCAUAUA